UAUCUGAUCCUUUUGCAGACCAGCAUCAUCAGUAUGGUGUACACACAGUCUGAGAUCCUACAGAAGGAAGUUUACCUCUUCGAACGCAUUGAUUCCACUAACCGUGAUACCAUGAAGCACCUGAAAGCCAUCUGCUUCUUGCGGCCCACCAAGGAGAACGUUGAACUUCUGAUCCAGGAGCUGCGCAGACCCAAGUACGGCUUAUUCUUUGUUUAUUUCAGUAAUGUGAUUAGUAAGAGCGACAUCAAGUCCCUGGCAGAGGCUGAUGAACAGGAGGUCGUUUCCGAAGUUCAGGAGUUUUAUGGAGAUUUUAUUGCUGUGAGUCCACAUGUGUUUUCCCUCAAUCUCACUGGCUGCACUCAGGGCAGGAACUGGAACCCUGCACAUUUGGCACGAACCACCCAGGGGCUGACUGCAGUCCUUCUGUCACUGAAGAAAUGUCCCAUGAUCCGUUAUCAGCUGUCAUCUGACAUGGCAAAGAGGCUUGCGGAGAGUGUCAAGCAAAUCAUCACCAAGGAGUAUGAACUGUUUGACUUCCGUCGGACUGAGGUGCCGCCGCUGCUGCUUAUCCUGGAUCGCAGUGAUGAUGCUAUCACACCACUCCUCAACCAGUGGACGUACCAAGCCAUGGUUCAUGAGCUCCUGGGAAUCAACAACAAUCGAAUUGACCUUUCCCGAGUGCCGGGGAUCAGCAGGGACCUGAAGGAAGUGGUGCUGUCUGCUGAAAAUGAUGAAUUCUAUGCAAAUAACAUGUACCUCAACUUCGGUGAAAUUGGCACCAACAUCCGGAAUCUGAUGGAGGAUUUUCAGAAAAAGAAACCAAAAGGCCAACAGAAGCUGGAGUCCAUCUCAGACAUGAAGGCAUUUGUGGAAAACUACCCACAGUUUAAGAAGAUGUCAGGCACGGUGUCAAAACACGUAACGGUGGUCGGAGAGCUGUCACGAUUGGUCAGCGAGCAUCACUUGAUGGAGGUGUCGGAGGUGGAGCAGGAGCUGGCCUGUCAGAAUGACCAUUCCAGUGCUCUGCAGAACGUGAGGAAGUUGCUGCAGGACCCCAAAGUGACGGACUUGGACGCAGUGAGGCUGGUGAUGCUCUACGCUCUGCGUUAUGAACGUCACAGCAACAGUAGCCUGGCCUCGCUGAUGGAGGCUCUGACUCGUAAGGGGGUGUCGGAAAAGUACAAGCGGUUGGUAUCAGUUGUUGUGGAAUACGGUGGGAAAAGAAUCCGAGGAAGUGACCUUGUGACCCCAAAGGAUGCUGUUGCCAUCACCAAGCAGUUCUUUAAAGGACUGAAGGGUAUUGAGAAUGUGUACACACAACACCAGCCAUUGCUUCAGGACACCCUGGACCAACUGAUUAAAGGCAAGCUGAAGGACAGCCAGUACCCGUAUCUCGGACCAAACACACUGCGAGACCGGCCGCAAGAUAUCAUCGUGUUUAUCAUUGGAGGAGGGACCUAUGAGGAGGCACAGACUGUCUACAAUCUGAACCGUACCAGUCCAGGAGUGAGGAUUGUCCUGGGGGGAACAACCAUUCACAACACCAAGAGUUUCGUAGAAGAAGUUGCAGCUUCAGGAAUCCAGAGCCGAGUGUCAGAGCGGCCUCAUGGAGUGACUCGUUCAUCAAGACGAUGAAGCCCUGGGAUGUUCUCUCUCCUCCCUCUCCUAACUGCCGUAUUUCUGUGUUUUGGGACUGGUUUGUGCUGUUGUAACUGCUGCUGUGGAUGCUUUGUAUCUCCUUGUAUAAUUAAAUAAAAACUUAAAUUCAGGCUCA